GAGGAGGAAAAUGGUUUAUUGGAGCUCCUAGCAGCUUUUCCCGUCUGUGCUGUGGAGGAGAAGCAGCAGAGCAACACACACAUUGCACACAGACACACACAUACAUACACACGCUCGCUGCAUCCUGUGACUUGAAACAAAAGAAACUUUGUGCCAAUUUGCCGAAAGCAAAGUGGAAUAAUGGCGAAGUGACUUUGAACGUAACACUUAAAGACAACAGGGUGGGACUAUGCGCCAACUUCCUAAUCACAACAACCGUUUUUUGUGUCAUUUUUGACACACAUUUGGAGAGCUGGAUUUUGGAUGAGACCUUGCCAGUUUUUGACUUUGACAGAUUCUUUUUGGUUCUUUUUUGGGGAGGAAGAUCUUUGGUAAAACUACACGGAUUUUUCCAGACAGUCGACAUGGAAACACUUUUCAUAUUCGGGAUUAUUCUACUCAAGGUUGUCCUUGGGGAUGCCUGCGCCAGUGGACAGUUCACCGACUCAGGCCAGUGUUGCAGUUUGUGUCCCGCGGGCUUCAGAGUGUCAGUGGAGUGUGGAAAAGAGGACACCAAAUGCACCCCGUGCCCACAGGGAACUUUCUCCUCUUCGGAAGACCUCGGCCAUUGCGUCCCCUGCUCGCAGUGCCCGUACGGCGUCCCCACAUUGGCACCCUGCUCGGCCGUUGAAGACACGCGAUGUGAAUGCGACAGCGGAUUCUUCUACCUCCGAUCCUACGCCGCGUGCGCGCCUUGUUCUAAAUGCAACCGUGGCGAGGGGGCGCUCCAGCAGUGCGGCCCCAAAGGGGACACGCUGUGCCGGGUCUGCGGUCCUGGAACCUUCUCUGAAGAGCACCAUAACACCAAACCAUGCCAAACCUGCACACAGUGCUCAGACAGCGAGGUGGAGAUCCGGGCAUGCAUGCCCAACUCGGACACACUCUGCAUGGAUAAAAAGCUCCACGUUCUCUCCGACGGAUCCCGUGACACUCCGAGCUGGUCCGGCGUUGAAGAGGUGACACAAGGCGGAGGCAGCUCCGUACCCGGAACGCCAAAGUUUACCCCCCAGGAUGGGAACGGCAGCAACAACAUCCUGGCCUACGUGUCCGUACCAGCUGCAGUGGUCCUGGGGCUGCUGGUGUACGUGGCGUACAAAUGCUGGAGAUCGUGUAAACAGAAGAAGGCUCUGUCCAAGGCCCGCGCCGCCGAGCUGGGGGCGUCUCCAGAAGGAGAGAAGCUACAAAGCGACAGCGGAGUUUUCCUCGACUCGCACAGUCUGCAAGACAAUCAGCCCUGCAAAGGCACCAAGCGGGACAGCAAGCAGGACACCCGCCUGUACAUCAACCUGCCCCCCCACAGGCAGGAAGAGGUGGAGCGCCUCCUCCAGGAAGGAGCGGGCCGGGGUUGGCGUCAGCUGGGCCAAGCGCUGGGCUACGAUCCCGAACAGCUGGACCUGUUUGGACGCGGCGAGGCCCCCGCUCGCACGCUCCUCUCCAACUGGGCCCUGAAAGAGGGCUCCACCCUGGGACUGCUGUGCUCUGCACUGGCACGCAUCGAGAGGCCCGACGUGGUGACGGCACUCAAUUGCCCCACGCAGGGCGUGUCGGUGGUGUGAAUACCCUCCACCCCCACCACCCCCAGACCUGCACCACUAUGACUACAGAGCACACCAGCUUCUAUUUAGUCUUAAUGGACACUUAGGAGUCUUUUUAAUUAACAAAAUAAUAUCGUUAUCGCCACAUGGUGCCUUUUUUACUGAUGGGUAGCCUUCAUUAUCGUUUUUGCUCAUAAUUAGGGGGGGGUCACUCUGCAUUUUGGUGCAUUUGUUCCAUAGAACAACGGCAUGAACAGAGUGAGACCAUAUGGUUAUCGCCACAUGGUGCCUUUUUUGCUGAUGUGGAGCCUUAUUGUUUUUGCUCAUAAGUGGGGGGGGGGGCACUCUGUGCAUUUUGGCUAGUUUGUUCCAUAGAACAACGGCAUGAACGGAGUAAGACCAUAUCGUUAUUGCCACAUUGUGCCUUUUUUGCUGAUGGGGAGCCUUCUCGUCAUCGUUUUUGCUCAUAAGUGGGGGAGGGGGGUCACACUGUGCAUUUUGGCUGGUUUGUUCCAUAGAACAACGGCAUGAACGGAGUGAGACCAUAUCAUUAUUGCCUUUUUUGCUGAUGUGGAGCCUUCUCAUCAUCGUUUUUGCUCAUAAGUGGGGAGGUGGGGGGGUCACUCUGCAUUUUGGUGCGUUUGCUCCAUAGAACAACGGCAUGAACAGAAUGAGCCCAUAUCGUUAUCGCCACAUGGUGCCUUUUUUGCUGAUGGGGAGCCUUCUCAUCAUCGUUUUUGCUCAUAAUUGGGGGGGGUUCACUCUGUGCAUUUUGGCUAGUUUUUCCAUAGAACAACGGCAUGAACAGAGUGAGCCUCCCUUCAUAUAUUCUCUUCGCCUGGUGACACCCCCACCAUCUUGUUUACAUGAGUAUGACUCACUAAAAUGUGCCGUAUCGUUUCAUACUACACAUUUUCCUUUUUGGGAUCACGUCCACGGAAUACGCAUAAUACGACAACGCUAAUCAUGUUUGUAUUGAAGCCGAGUCAUAAUGGAAUAACUGACAUGAAAACACUUGAAAUCCUCUUCCUAUCGAAACCACAUGGAGUCCGCCACGCCACAGAGUGUCGCUAUUAUUAUUAAUAUUUCAAUAGCGCAUAUACAUACUUUCAGUGGACGACUGUGAGGUAAUAUAAACACUAUUUCCAAGCGCUUCCUCGCUGUGUACAAUGACUGUAAAUAAAUGUGUGUUUUUUAUCAACAGCCAAGAAAGGGACUUUGAACACAACACGCCUUCCCCUUCUCACUUUUUUUUUUUGUAUUUAUUUGACCACCCAUCUUUAAAUGUAUGUGAUGGCUUCGGACCAUCACGCCAGACUCUUUGUGGUAUUUUGUUUAUAUUUUUCAAGUUACUUUGUUUUUGGCUCAUUCAAUGAAUAAAUAAUUUGUAAUAAAAAGUUGUCAUUUUUUUUGGUGAAAUAAGGUAUAAAAUAAAGUAGCGACACUGCAACAAUGCAGUGUAAAGUCAAGUAAACUAUACUGUAAAAUUAACAAAACUCUCACUCUGGAC